AUGUUUGCCGAGCCCGCCUCCAAGCUCCCGACCCCGUGUUGCUGUCUGGUCACUUGCGAUUUCGGGCCGGGUGCUCGCAACAUGCGUGUCGCGCACUCCAUUCAUGACCGGCGGCAGCUGCAGGAGGGUGGCCCGUCUGCAAAGGCCCACGUGCCGGGCCGGUGGUGGCGGAGGCUCGUCCUGGGCGUCGGCUCGCCGCCGCCCGCCACGUGGACGCUGCACGCCUCGACAAAUUGCUACGCCGGCGCUGGCGCGGAGGACCUCGAGACGCCGAGCGGUAGCUCUUGUUGUACGCUUCCGUCGAGGGUGGACUGCUUUGCGCGGUGCGACGCGACGGCGGGCUGCGAGGCGGUAGUCGUCACGUCGACGGAUCCGGUCCUUUGCUACCGUCGCCGCUCCGUGGACCUGUCGUCCUGCGCGCAGGGCGACACUAGUUACGACACGUAUUGCUUCACGUACUACGCGCCCAAGGCGGUCUUCUACCCGUGCCUGGUGUGGCAGGGCUGCGCGUACGGCAACCGCUCGGCGGAUGCGUGCCAGCGGCUGUGCGCGCAGAGGGCCGACUGCCGCGCCUAUGAGUUCAACAACAAGAACCUGUGCGGCGCGAGCCCCUGCGAGCUCCACGGCGUCGUGCCGACACACGUCGAUGCGGACCCACGGUACACGUGCAAGAUCAAGGCAUAG